GAAAAGACAGUCGAUGCUGUUUUCUGCCACGCUGCCACGCAACCUUGUGGACUUUGCCAAAGCCGGGCUGACGAACCCGGUGCUGGUGCGGCUGGACUCCGAGACAAAGAUCUCGGACGAGCUACAGAUGUGCUUCAUCAGCACGAAGAAAAACGAGCGCGAGGCGAACCUGCUGCUGCUUUUGCAGGAGGUGAUUAAGAUGCCGGUGGCCACGCCGGAGGAGCUCAGACGGCUGGACGCGGCGAACCGCCUGGACGACGAAGACGAAGAGGACGAGGAGGACGGCAAGAAGAAACAGAAGAAACGGCCCAGACGCGAGAAACUGCCGCGCGCGGGCGAGCUGCCGACAAAACACUCGACGAUUGUGUUUGUGCCGACGAAGCAUCACGUGGAGUAUGUCACGUUACUGCUCAAGGACGCCGGGUAUGCCACUGCGUACAUCUACGGUUCGCUGGACCAGCACGCGCGGCGCAGACAGCUACUGAAUUUCCGUGCUGGACUGUGUCCGAUUCUUGUGGUGACUGACGUGGCUGCGAGAGGAAUUGACAUUCCAGUUCUGGCAAACGUGAUAAACUACUCGUUCCCGUCGUCGUCUAAGAUAUUUGUGCACCGUGUGGGGCGGACGGCGAGAGCGGGCAACAGCGGGUGGGCGUACUCUAUUGUGGGCGAGGCAGAGCUGCCGUAUUUGCUAGAUCUGGAGGUUUUCCUCGGGCGCAAGGUGCUUUUGACGUCGAUGCACGAGAAAAAAGUGCAGCUGCUCAAAGACAAGUAUUUGGAGCAGCACGGAAGCAUGGAGGGCUUCCAGGAGCCGAAGCUGUCGUACACGGAGCGGCUGGUGCUGGGAAGUGCGCCGCGGAGGCUGAUUGGCGAGCUGCAGGAGCUGUACGAGACGAUCAUGAAGCACAACUACGAUAUCCGGUCUUUGAAGGCGGUUGCCGACAAGGGAGAGCAGCUGUAUUUCCGGACACGGGGCGGAGCGAGCGUUGAGUCGCUUCGUCGGGCAAAGGAGAUUGUGAACCUUGGCUGGGAUGCGCAGAAUCUGCUGUUUGGCAAGAACGAGGAGCUGGAAAAAGAGCAGUUUUUGGCCAGAUUGCAGAACCGGAAAAACAAAGAGACCGUCUUCGAGUUUGGCAAGCGCGACGACUCGCUCGUCGACCUCAUGAACACUAGACGGCGCCAGAUCGCGUCUGUGCAGCUCAAGGCCCAGGAAAGACGCAAGCUGCUGGAGCUGGAACGUGUUUCUGGCCUGACGCACACUCUGGAGGACGAGCUUUUCAAGGACGAGCAAGGCGUCGAGGUCGGGUACAACGUGAACGAGGAGGAGCUGCGGCGAACGUUUGAGGACGGCGACGUUGUGCUGGAGUCGAGAAAGCCGAAGAAGAAGUCAUUCAAGGACCCAAACUAUUAUAUCUCGCACUAUGCUCCGGCCUCCGCGAUUCAGGAGCAGCAGCUCUCGCUGGACUCUGGGUUCACGGCAGAAGCGAACCGGGCAGCGUUUGAUAUCGACGCCGAGGACGAGAAGGUGGCGGUGCAGCGCCAGACGGCACGGGUGCUCUGGGACAAGAAAGCAGGAAAGUACAAAAAAGUGCAGGACGACAAAAAAUACAUCAUUGGCGAGUCGGGCCAGAAAAUCCCUGCUUCAUACCGGUCGGGCAAGUUUGACGAGUGGAAGGCGCAGCACAACAUCAACUUCAAAACGGGCGCGGCGGAGCAAAACAGGGGCUUUGAUGUCGGCUUGUCUGGCAAAAGGCAGCGGGGCCGUUUUGUGCACACGAAGCAGGACUCUCCUAAACUGCCGGAUAAGACCAGAGACAACUACAAGGAGCAGCUGGAGAAGGUUAAGAAGGCGGUGGAGUCUGGACGCCAUGUCAAGGGCUGGAACACUGGUAAGGGCCGUGACGAGCUGCGCUCUGUGGAGCAGAUUAGAAAGACCAGAGAGGUGAAGGAGAAGAGACGGGCCAAGAAUGCCCGCCCGAGCCGCAAGAAGAAGAAAUAGGCAGGACGGUAGCUGUCCGGUGGCUACAGAAAAACGACUGGAAUUCAGAGCGGAAUCCGAGAAUGAGAAAAAAUCGGAGUAUGGCCAACCGCUUGCGAGAGGGCGGGGUUAUAUCGCGGUGCUGAUUUGCAAGAGGGGUGUAUACAGCAAGUGGGGGUAAAGAUGGGGUAGAAAGGUAGAAAAGGGGUUGU